AUGAUACCCAUAUACUUAUUCACCUACAAUUGUGGCAAGCAGCCAAUUGACUCACAAACUUUCAUCACCGGAUGUGUCAAGGAUCUCCCCGACGAAGUGUGUGAGCUCUACGUGUUUGCUCUCCAGGAAAUGUGCGGCAUCAUGGACGGGUGCUUCUAUGAUACUGCCAACCACUACGCCAUUGGCUAUCUGGACGCGUUCAUUCGGGCGUUGAGUGCUAAAUACAAUGGGGCAAAUCUUAGGUUUAAGACGGUGGGGCUUGUCCACGUUGGAGCGAUGGCGAUGGUGGUGAUCUCGCCAUUUGCUUCCAAGAUCUCUCGAGUACGCACGGCCACCGUGUCGUAUGGGAUUGGGUUUUCAUCACUUAAAGGCGGCGUGGGUGUCCGUCUUGCCUACAAAUUGAGUGAUACCCGAAGCGUCGAUAUCUCGUUUGGUGGGGCCCAUUUACCGGCUCACGAAGGUAAUGACCACUACACAUUCCGCAACAAAGUCAGCGUGGCGGUGAUGCGAGGCCUCGACUUUGGCGAUGGCUACGGCUUGCUUAAACCUGAUAGCCAUACUUUCUUCCUUGGCGAUCUCAAUUACCGAACCACAGAGAAGUUUAAUCCUCACUCACCAGAAAUGCAAUCGUUGUGGCGACUCCAGGACCAGCUGGCCCAACAACUGGAAGCCGAGAUCCCCACCUUGGUGAGCCGCUACGACGAAUUGACACGCGCCAUGGCUCGUGGCGAGGCGUUUAUGGGGUUUGCCGAAGCCCCCAUCGAUUUCCGUCCCACAUACAAGUAUGAGACUCAUACCGCCAUCUAUAAACGCACCCGGGCGCCGCUGUGGUGUGAUCGAGUGCUUUACCAGUCAUGCUACCCGCAAACCCAACCCCAGGUCCACCGCUACGCCGCGGUGUCGCACAUCCUUUUGCUGGACCACCGGCCCGUCAGUCUCCACAUCUCGAUUCCCGACACUGCUCCCGACGCCAUCGUGUCGGCAGGAGGCUUCCAACUUGUCAUUGAGCCCACUGGAGGCGGCGUCGAAGUGGUGGGCCCCACCGAAGUGUAUAUGAAACCCACCGGGUGGGACCGUCUCGUCAACUCGGCGUUGCGUCGGUUGAGCGAUGCCAGUCUCGGGUGGGGCCUCUGGUUUUUGACGACGAGCCGCGGCCGGCUCUGGCUAUUGGGGAUUGUGGUAUUGGCGUUGGGAUACAACUGGUUGUUCCCGUGA